UAUAUCCCAAAGUAUAUACAAAAUAAUAAUAAUAAUAAUUAGCUCUAGUGUUACAUCUUAUAUUAUGGCUAUCAAAAUUUUGUUGAAAGGUUUACUACCUAAUUGCUUCAAUGUUAAGAUUAAUGAUGCAAUUAUUCAUCCACAUCAUGACAAGAUUAAUGGAAAUUCAAGGCUAGGUGUUGGUGAUAUUAGUGAUCCAGAAUCACCAUCAAAUUGUAUGAGUGAUCUUUCAUCAAAUGCUAUAAUUGGAUCAAAUCUUCAUGUUUUUACAUAUGCUCAACUUAAAGUUAUUACAAGUAACUUUUCAUCUUAUAAUUUUCUUGGAGAAGGUGGAUUUGGACCUGUCCAUAAGGGGUUUAUUGAUGAUAAAAUUAAAUAUGGUUUAGAUGCUCAACCUGUUGCUGUUAAGUUGUUGGAUUUGGAAGGUGAUCAAGGACAUAUUGAAUGGCUGACAGAAGUAGUGUUACUUGGCCAAUUGAGACAUCCAAAUCUAGUAAAGUUGAUUGGAUAUUGCUGGGAGGAUAAGCAAAGGCUUCUUGUUUAUGAGUACAUGGCAAGAGGCAAUCUAGAGAACCAAUUAUUUAGAAGAUGUUCAAGUAGCUUACCAUGGCUAACUAGAAUGAAGAUUGCACGUGAUGCUGCAAAGGGGUUAGCAUUUCUUCAUGGAGAAAAAAAGCCAGUAAUAUAUAGAGAUUUUAAGGCUUCUAAUAUCCUCUUAGACUCGGAUUAUACGGCUAAACUUUCCGACUUUGGACUAGCUAAGGAUGGUCCGGAGGGUAGUGACACGCAUGUCACGACUCGUGUUAUGGGAACUUAUGGCUACGCUGCACCCGAGUACAUGAUGACCGGUUAUUUGACAACUAGGAGCGACGUAUAUAGUUAUGGAGUUGUCUUGUUAGAAUUACUAACAGGACGACAAGCGAUUGACAAGAAACGCGCCAGUAGGGAGCAAAACUUGGUGGAAUGGGCUAAGCCCUUCCUACGAGAUUCACACAAGCUCGAAAGAAUAAUGGACCCGCGACUUGAAGGCGAGUACUCAAGUCAAGGAGCCAAAAAGGUGGCUACAUUGGCUUAUCAAUGCUUGAGCCAUCAACCCAAGUCUAGACCUACCAUGAGCAAUGUGGUCAAGAUAUUAGAACCUAUUUUGGACUUGAAAGAUAUACCAAUUGGCUCAUUUGUUUAUGUGGUUCCCUCAUUUGACUCUAAAAGUGGUUUGAAGACAAAAGGAAAUGAAGAAAAAGAGAAUAAAGAAAAUAAGAUGCAUAUAAUAAGUGAUAAAGAUCAUGACAAAGAAAGUGCAAGGGAAAAGAAUCAACAAAAGUCUGCUACUCAUAUUUAAUAUACUUAGAUACUCAUUUGUAUAGGACUUUUGGGGCAAGAAUUUAGAUAAUCCAAGUAGAAAUUUGAGAUAAAAAAAA